AUGACACGUGGAAGACGAUCCAGCAGUGCUGACUCCUCACAGGAAAGAGAUAUCUUUUUUCAAUGUCGCGGAAAGAAACUCAGUGUUACCGAGGUAGCUGAAGGUGAAUCAUUUUCGCGUUUCACAGCUGAUCAGUUGAUAAGAAAACAUAUUAAGAAAGGUCAUACUAAAAUAACUAUGACUUGUUCAGAAGAUCGACUGAAGUUAAGCAAAGUUUCAACGAUUGCUCCACAUUCUGUACGAAAAUCAGUUCAGUAUAGAGAUAUAACAAAUUUUCUAGUAUUCACUAGUAAACCAGGAGUAUUUAUGCUAUGCAUAAAUGAUUCAGAAACAAGAAAGAAAACUUAUGAAAGCUUCUGUUGUGACGAACCAUCUGAUUUGGAAACACUGACUCGUUUAAUCAGUUCUGCCAAACAUGAUCCUGAGCACAGACUAUAUAAAAGUUAUAACACCUCAAGAUCGACUAUCGACAUGAAUAAUGACAUGUCAGCUGCCGAUUACUUUGAAAGUGCUACAAAUUUGAACAGUGAAUCAGCAACUUAUCAAAGUGGAUUUCUGCGUGACAAUGGAUCGCCAAAUACAGAAGCUACAGUACAGAAUGAUGUAUUCCAUAGUUCUUCAGUACCCUUAUCUCCAUCACAUACAUAUAACAAUCUACCCUCCGCAAACACAGUUUCAACGACUGAAAUACCUAAUGAAGGCGCAUCAAAUGGAUACAUUGUGCGCAGAACAAGCAGCAGUAAUAGCAGUAGAGGAAAGGCGAUGAGUAACUAUAACUCUCCGAACGGGAUGAUUUCACCUCCCGGCAACAACAAUGAUUUCCAUCCAUUAAUCGGUUAUCAAUCUAAAAGUCAACGUAAAGGCAGUAAAUUCAGUAAUGAAAAUGAUAGUGACCUAACGCCAAUGAAUUCUAGGAAUCCAAGUUUUAGAAAUCUGCUUCGAAUAGAUAACGAAAACAUCUACACCCGUAAAGAUGAGCUGAUUGAAUUAUUCGACAAUGAUCUAACAUUCCUUACAUCUUCAUCGAGUGAUGUUUAUGAAUGCGAGAAUGGUUCAAAGUAUUUAUUCUGUCAGUCAGGUUUGGAAAGGCUUCAGACAUACGAAGGACCAUUGUUUGAAUCACCCGCCAGUUCAAGGAGAUGA